AUGUGGAUCCUCGACAGCAAUGCGGACUUUAUGCAGGGCAAGCGUAUGUGGCUCAAGCCUGGACAGCGGUACCUCUUUGGUCGGGUGAAGAAAGACGGUGUCAUGCUCGCCAUUGAUCACAAGACGGUGUCUAGACAGCAUUUUACCAUCUCCGUCGACCCGGUAAAAGAAGGCGAUGUGGGAAACAUUCUUGCUCGGACGAAGAUACGAGUCGAAGAUCAUUCGAAGACCGGCACCUUCGUCAACGGCGAGCCUCUCAAAAAGAAGGAUCCAAAGAACGAGGCGGAACCGAAUCCCUCCACGGAGCUGAAGCGUGCUGAAAACUCAAUCCGACCAGGAACAUGCCCGUAUGAGUUUACUCUUACAUGGCAGCCUUGUGUGCUCACUUUCAACCUGCUCAAGAAAGAGAUCAAGGCUGGCGUGCUAAAGGACAAGCAGGCAAGAGUGCGAAACUAUGAUAUCAAAGGUGUCAGUGAAUUCUCAAAUCACACCACUCACGUCGUUGCCGCCAAGAGGAAUACACCCAAGGGUUUGCAGGCGUUGGUCAACGGCAAACACCUUGUGACCGAGGCAUAUCUGGAUGCUCUGGACUAUGCCACCACCCCAACAACUUUGAGCCAAGAUGUCAAUCUAUCUCCAUUAGAGAUCGACUUCGACGUCAACUGGCCCGACCCAAAAGACUACCUUCCUCUUCCUGGAAAGGAACCCACCGUGAAACCACCAGAGGCCUAUCAACCAGAUUCGGCUCGAGCCAGUGUCUUCGAGCACUACACCUUUGUGUUCUGUGACCAAAAUCAAUAUGAUAAUCUGAUGCCUGUCGUUACAGACGGGCAUGGAAAGGCGCUAGUAUUCAAGGUGGUCAACGCUGAGACAACGGGCGACGACCUCCUACAGUUCGUGCAGAAUGUAGCUGGGCGCAAGUAUGGCGAUACGCAGAUCGGCCCAUCGAAGGGCGGGGUCGUCUUGGUUCGUCCUUCCAUCAAGGACGACGCUCUACAGGAAUGGACCAACAAAAUCAUGAAUGAGACUGUGCUGAAGAUGGAUCAACGGGCCAUUGACCAAUCUGAAUUUCUGGAGGCCAUAUUGUCCAAUGAUGCUGGAGUCUUGAAGGAGACGGUGCCAUUUGAGAGCACAAAUGAUAGUAUCAUUGCGCCUGCACCGACUGCUGCUAAUUCUCUUGUCUCGCUCACACCAACAUCGGUCCGCACAAACGGCGUGCCCGGAUCUCAGAUAUCAGAUAUCAGUGGUGCUCCCCGAGCAGAUACACCACUGGCAACAAACGAAGGAGCAUCAGCCGCCCAAAACCCGCAGACUUCGGCUCAGAAUAACUCCCAAAACAGUCCUCCUACAGAGCCCGCUCCUCGGCCGUUCUCUAUGCCUAAAAUCUCGCAGGCCACCAAGUUCAAGAAUUUCGACGAUGGAUUCGACCCGGACGCUGUCGAUGAUUACGUCGACGAUGAGGUCGUCGAAGAAGAAGAGCCCAAUGAUCCUCAGGCACCACGGACACAGCCAGGGAUGCAGACUCAGGUCUCACACAUAAAACAAGAGCCCGUCUCGACGGCUAAAAAGAGACGACGCUCCCUUACUGAGGAGUCUGCUGAUGUUUUUGCCAACCAGAUUGACGAUCUCCUUCCAGCUGCAACCGGUCUGAAGAGACUGAAGCUAGCGGAGGCAGCCGCCAAUGGUCGCCUCGAUGUAGAGGAGCCCCAACCGCAAAAAUCGUCGGUCAAGAAGAUCAAGAAGGAAAAGGUCAUUGACGUGCGUGAAGCGGUGAGAAAGCGACUCGAGGAAGAGGAAGCCAGAAAAGAUGAUUCCCAUCUGAGCCUACCAGAUGUUGAAGACAGAGCACCUGCCAAUCUGGUCCAAGUUGUAACUCUGGACCUUCCUGUCCGCGACAAGAGCAAAACCAAAGAUCGUGAAAACGGAGAAUACGGCUCGGAGUGGGACCCGAAAUGGAACGGUCGCAAGAACUUCAAGGGAUUCCGUCGCAAGGGCGACCCGCCACAGCGGAGAACCCAUGCGAGAAAAGUUAUUGUGCCGCUAGAGCAAGUUCCGAUCAAGAGCGGCGGGUUGGGCGAUCAGUACUGGCCUCGCAGCGAAGAGGACAGGGAGGUCGAAAGGCAACGGAGACGCAAGGAGGAGGCGAGGAGUCAGCGAACGACUCAAAGUGAGACGCAACAGUUGAGUGGUAACAGCGGUGGGAGAUCGAAGGCCAGAGUAGUGCUUGACGAUGACGACGAAGAAGACAUGGAUGCUUCUGGUGGAGAGGAUGGUCAAGACAGGGUAAUCGCGCAAACCAGCCCAGCAACAUCUCGUCUGCAGCGCGAAGCAGCGGAGAUCGCAGAGCACGAAAUUGAUCCGACCGUACCGAGACGGACCCGUGCCGCAGACCGGACUCAAGGAACCAGCGCGAAUGGUUCUGACACGGAAGGCGGCGACCCGACCCAGAGAAGAAUAGGAGUGCGGACAGGCAAGAGGCCUGCGAGCUCUAUUGCCGACACCAGCAAGCCCAAACGCCAGAAGACCUUGCCUGUCACGAGUGUCCGAGACGACGACAGCGAUGAUGACGACGACAUGAAAUUCCGCUUUGGUACGAGAGCCAGAAGGGGCAGGGGCAGGGGAAGGGGAAGAGGAGGCAGGGCUUGA